AUGGGUGUUUACCCAGCAGCCCAUCCAAAUGUGAGAGGAUCAGAUUCUGAGAUGCUCCCUGUCCGAGAAGUUGCAAUGAUGGGAGUGAUGAACAGCCUCACGGACAAGAAAGACUGGCACAAAAAAGUCUUCGACGAGGCCAUUGUUGAAAAAUGGCGAGAAGAGGCAAUGGCGAUUCCUGACCAAAAUCUUAUGACAGCGGCUGCUGCACCGUCAAGUGAUUGGUAUAGAGCAGGUCCAGUGGAUGUGGGCACUGAGCCUCGCCCUGAAAAUACUUCGACAAGGGUGGAGGGAAUCAUGUCGAAGGCAGCUUUUGAUUAUUGCAUCCAAGAGCUGCAGAGCAAAGCUCGUUACUUCGAGGAAACUGCUCUCAUACCAACACUUGAUGCAUCUGCGACUGUCAUAAAGUCGGACGUGUUCAUCAGCGACGAGCUCCAAGAAGCCUUGAGGCAGGCCUUCAAAACACUCCAGGAAGACCAGGCUGAUGAGCCAGAUUGGCAUCCCGGCAGUCGUGAUAUGGUACAAGACUUGGUACAUCCCUCAAUGUACCCUCUCAUUUACGGCCGAAGCAGGGCACUCAACGAUGAAGUCGUUGGCGUGACUGAAGCGAUUUCGCAUUGGGCUGGGAAGGGCGAGAUUGUCCCAAAAGACACUACUCCGGUACCAGAGAGGGCCCGUAGGACCUACAAUGAAUCGGAAAUUCCAGAUUCCUACUGGUCUUCUGCUUACCAAUGGCUGCCGUCUAAUGUCGGUUUCCGCGAGGACGGCAGUGUUAAGUUCAUGAGUUACAUCAACAACCUGCACCCGGAAAAGUACCCAGAAAUCUACAACACAGUAGAGAGACUGAUUGACAGGGCUCUACCUGCAUGGGACCAUUGCCUGCUGGAGACCAGGUCUUUUCGCACGUGUGGCCCUGGUCGGCGGGGAUCGCGGUUCUCAAUCCCUGAGAAUGCUGAUGACGAGGAAACGGCAAAUUGGAACCCAUCAGACAUGAGCGAAGUGGCCAAUGUCGAGGUUGACCUAAGCCAGGAUAGGAGGUUCGACUGGGUUGAAGAGGAGCAAGAACGAAAAUGGAGGCUCUUACGUACGCCUGUUCUGAGAGAGCCGGAUCCUUUUGUCGAAAUCAAUUACGACCCCUCAAAAGUGGUGGAUGAUCUGGACACCCCUCUGCAUAGCCCGCCAACCCAACUCAAAGAGUCUGCGGCUCUCAUGCGUGGCCUGCGCGAGAAGUUCCAGACAUCAGGACUUCAAAUCAUCGUCAAGAUGGCUUCCAUCGAGCUGACUCCCGGGAAACCUGAGUUCCCCGGGGGAGGGUGGCACAUCGAAGGUCUCCUCAACGAGCGAAUCUGCGCGACUGCACUCUACUACUUGGACAGUGAGAACAUCACUGAUAGCAGCCUGUCCUUCCGCAUGCAUACUUCGUCCUACCAAGACGAUCUCCAGGACCGCGUUGGUCAGGAUUCAUAUCACUGGCUUGAGUGUUGCUACGGUACCAGUCUCUCCCACGGCAGCUCCUGCAUUCAGAACUACGGUAGUGUCGAGACUCGCGAGGGGCGAUUUCUAGCUUUCCCUAAUGUCUUUCAACAUCGCGUAUCCCCCUUCAAACUGGCUGACCCAAACAAACCGGGCCAUCGACGAUUCAUCGCGCUCUGGUUGGUCGACCCCCACUGCCGCAUCAUCUCAACUGCCAACGUACCGCCGCAGCAGCAAGACUGGUGGGCGGAGUCUGUAUUCGGGAAAUCCGAAGACAGCCAAGCGUCAGCCGCAAGCCGUCUGCCCGGCGAGAUGGUACAGCUACUGCGAGAGAAGGGGGUUGCCCUCCCAAGCAGUGGCUCCACGGCCUCGCUGCCUCCGGAGUUGCUGGACAUCGUGCGUGGUGGUUUUGAUCUGCCAACACUUAGUCUCGAGGAGGCGAAGAAGCAUCGGCUGAAGCUAAUGGAGGAGAGGACUACGCACCACGGAGAGGCUAUAAGAAGCUGGGAGCAGGCUAGUUAUAGCUUCUGCGAGCAUUAG